AUGUGUCCGGCGAUCCUGGACAGCGAAGAGCGAUGCCUAGGAGGCAUGACAUUCUUCGCUCAGAGCCACCCAACAGAGCUCUGCGGAAGCAACGGACUGCCAUUAACGCCAAACUCGAUCACCAUCUACGGAAAAGCGCAGUUCCUCAAGACGGUCCGGCACAGGAACUUGGCUCCUUACCUGGACAUAAUUAGGAGCAAGCAUGAGCGGACAAUUGUCGUGGCUGAGUACACUGGGUCUCCGUUGUCUGGACAUAUUGGUGAUGAAAGCUUCUCCUGGGAAACGAUCAAGUACGUAGCUUACCAGUGUUUGUCAGCGCUGAGUUACAUCCACGAUCUGGGACUGACUCACAGACACCUGAGUCCGGAGACGAUCCUAAUCUCCAGGAGCCAGGAGAUAAAGCUGUACAAUUUCGGACUCUACUACAUGACAGACAUGGGCCGAAACGUCUCUUUUCCUAUCGGGAGCCCUAAGUACACCGCCCCGGAGGUUUUUUUGAACGAGCAGAGCACCCCCAGCUCUCUUAAAGUAGACUCCUGGUCCCUGGGGAUGAUAAUCGCGGAGCUGCUGCUGAAGAGGUCACUCUGGGCGGAGCUGAAGCUGGGCCAAUGUCUGUGGAAGCUCCUGAGCUUGCUGCAUUCCAAGAACGGGAUCUUCGAACGGCUGGCCCUUGAAUGCGACCGGCAUGACACUUACAAGAAGAUUCCGCAGGAGUUGAAGGAGUUUGUGGCCAAGGCGCUGGAGGUUGAUCCUUCGAAGCGGCUCAGUGCUUUAGAGCUGCUGGAUCUUCCAAUUUUUAAGGAGUUCAGGGCUGGGGAGUUCAAGGAUCAGGACGAGUUCCUGGAUGUUGUUACCAGGAAGAUGGACGAUUUGUAUUAUCUAUGGCAGCUUGCUGGCGGCGACAUGACUGGGGAGCUGAAGAAACAGGGACUGAUUAGGUCCAGGCCUCCGAUUUUGUCGAUUCCUAAUUUGAUUAUUUUGCUGGGGCAGAUCCCAAAGCUGUCAACAGAAGCAGACUUCCACCUCCAAGACGAGCUAACCAACGCAACCACUAAACUUCCUCUAAUAAUCCGCGAAAGAGACACAGAGUACCAGUUCUACCGACUGGUCCUAUUCGAGCGGCUGCUCCAAGCCUACCCAGUGUCUCGCUCAGCAAUCCUUCGAGAAGCCCACAAGGACAUUCCUCCGCCAUUUCGCGGGCAGAUUUGGGCAGCCAUUUUGGGAGUAGUCGGAAACAUCCAGAGAAAAUACGAGCAGAUUGACAAAGAGACUCCAACGCACACUGAUCGGCAGAUUGAAGUGGACAUUCCUAGAUGUCACCAGUACAGCGAGUUGCUGUCCUCUGGAUCAGGACACGAACGACUCCAGAGACUCUUAAAAGCUUGGGUGAGGAACAACCCUCAGUAUGUUUACUGGCAGGGUCUAGACUCGCUCACAGCGCCGUUUUUGUACCUUAACUUCAACAACGAGGCGCUGGCGUUCGCCUGCUUGGAGGCUUUUGUCCCAAAAUACCUGCACCAGUUCUUCCUGAAGGACAACAGCGCUGUUAUUCAAGAGUACCUUGGAAAAUUUUCGCAGAUCAUCGGGUUCCAUGAUCCCAAGCUAGCGAACCACUUGAGAGGCAUCAACUUUGUUCCGGAACUCUUUGCGAUUCCCUGGUUCCUCACCAUGUUCUCACACGUGUUCCCGCUGCACAAGAUACUCCAUUUGUGGGACAAGCUUCUUCUAGGCGACUCGUCGUUUCCUUUGAUGGUUGGCCUCGCGAUCUUAAAGCAGCUUAGAGACGCGCUGCUAACUUCGGGGUUCAACGAGUGUAUCCUUUUAUUUUCCGAUCUUCCUGAAGUGGACAUCGAGCUCUGCGUCAAAGACUCCAUGGACAUGUACACGAACACUCCGACGAGUAUUACUUAUCGGAAGUACCAGUUCGACCAAUCUAAAGCCAGCCACUGGAAGGAACCUGAACCUGGAACUGAGAAGGUCCCAAGGAUUAGUAUCGAUGACUUCGUUAAUUAUUACGGAAACAAACGGGAUAAGAUGAUUGUUGUGGACAUCAGGAAUAAUAUACAGUAUGAGCGCGGCGCUGUUAAGGGAAGUAUUAACAUACCGUUCACUAGUGUCCAAUUGUCGCAUACUAGCAUAGAGUCGUUGGGGAACCAAGCUAAGGUCUUGGCUGAUCCGGAUAACAAUGAGUGUAUUGUUGUUGUCAUUGGGCCCCAUGAUCAGAAUAAUGCUCUGCAAACAAUGAUGCGUUUUAUUAUUGUUGGCUUUUUAAUUUUUCAUGGAGCUAUUGCUCAUCAUGAAAUGGGCCCAAAUCAAUGCCGAGAUGAAGAAAAGAAAAUAGAAAUUCCAUCAGAAAACGCGAAAAAAGAUUUCGCUCGAAUUAACGCAGCAGACGGUAUUGAAAAUGCAACUGAGCUUGUCUUUAUGUCAAACAGCAACGGGGGAGUAGAAUACUUUCCUUGUCCAGGAGUUAUGUUAUCAAAAAACCACGUUUUGAUAUCCAGUGACUGCGAUACUGAAGCUAAUGCGAAAAUUGCGGUUGGUUAUAAGGCAGAUUUGGUUAAAAAAACGGAAGAAUUCAUCAACAGGACUGUCAGUGAGAUUAUUACUAUGGAAAACGCUCACAUGGUUAUCCUUAAGCUGGCUGAAGCAAUGCCGGAAGAUCACAACAGAAAAAUAAUGCAACUUCCGACAAAAAGCUGCGAAAUGGGAGACGUCUACAAGAUUAAGGGCUGGAGUUUUACCCCAGAUAGAGUUAAGGAGGACGAUAUUUUCUACGACACCUUUUUGAUGCACGAAGAAGAUGUUUCAAUUAUUGAUAAGAAGGAUUGCCCUCAUGCGGUCGAAAAUGAGUGCUGCAUUAAGAUGAAACAAACAGAAAAGGAAUUCAAAAUGAUGGUCGGCUCACCGGUAAUCCACGAGGAUCAUAUCAUUGGGUUUGCUCACUUUGACUGCAAUACCCAAGGAGCAAUAUCACUUGUGUUCCCCUGGGUUGAAGAAAUUAAAAAAAUAAUAUCUUGA